CCCAUAUGAUCGUCAUUCUCCGCACGGCGUCUCUCCGCGGCCAUGGUAACAGCACCGUCUAACGGACUACUGCAGACAACAACAGAAACAAGUGCUUCUCUUUGAGACAGUUCCAGCACAGAAACAUUGUCCUCCGUUUAAGAUGAACCUGGCAGAGAUCUGUGACAACGCUAAGAAGGGCAGAGAGUAUGCUCUGCUGGGGAACUAUGACUCAUCUAUGGUCUACUACCAGGGAGUGAUCCAGCAGAUACAUAAACACGGCCAAGCCCUCAGAGACCCUGCACUCAAAGUCAAGUGGCAACAGGUGAGACAGGAGUUGUUGGAGGAGUAUGAGCAGGUGAAAGGUAUUGUGGGAACUCUGGAGAGUUUUAAGGUGGACAAGCCAGCUGACUUCCCCGUCCCUCAGUCUGAUGAGGGGCCCAGAGACCCUGCAGUGUGGCCACCACCCACCCCUGCAGAGCACAGGGCCCCUACUGCAGUGAAGCGUCCUAACAGUGGGGUGAAACCCCAGCAGAGGAAGGACUCUCCAGGUAUGCAGCCCAGAGGGGCUCCGGGAGGGAGGGGCCAGACCAACCCUAAAACAGACCGCCCCGCCCCCAGGGAUGCCCCCCGAGGCACCAAGGUCAGAGACGACAAGGGUAAAAAGGCUGUAGCAGAGGGAGCAGGGGAUGGAGAGCUGAAGAAGUUUGAUGGUUCGGGGUACGACAGUGACUUAGUGGAGUCACUGGAGAGAGACAUCGUCUCCCGCAACCCCAACAUACAUUGGGGGGACAUCGCUGACCUGGAAGAUGCUAAGAAGCUGCUGAGAGAAGCGGUGGUUCUGCCCAUGUGGAUGCCAGACUUCUUCAAGGGUAUACGUCGACCCUGGAAGGGUGUGUUGAUGGUGGGCCCACCAGGGACAGGAAAGACCAUGCUGGCUAAAGCCGUGGCUACAGAGUGUGGCACCACCUUCUUCAACGUAUCCUCCUCCACACUCACCUCCAAAUACAGAGGAGAGUCUGAGAAACUGGUUCGCCUGCUCUUUGAGAUGGCGAGGUUCUAUGCCCCGACCACCAUCUUCAUAGAUGAGAUAGACUCCAUUUGUGGGAGUCGAGGGAAGUCGGACGAACACGAAGCCAGCCGCAGAGUCAAGUCAGAAAUACUGGUACAGAUGGACGGUGUGGGGGGAGCUUCAGAGAAUGACGAUCCCUCUAAGAUGGUGAUGGUUCUGGCUGCUACUAACUUCCCCUGGGACAUCGACGAGGCACUACGGAGACGACUGGAGAAGAGAAUCUACAUCCCACUGCCUACAGCUGUGGGUCGUGCUGAACUGCUGGGGAUCAGUCUAAAGGAGGUGGAUGUGGCUGAUGAUGUGGACCUGGCUCUCAUCGCUGACAAGAUAGACGGAUACUCUGGAGCUGACAUCACCAACGUCUGCAGAGAUGCGUCUAUGAUGGCUAUGCGUCGGCGUAUCCAGGGCCUCUCUCCAGAGGAGAUCAGAGCUCUGUCUAAAGAAGAGCUUCAGAUGCCUGUCACCAUGGACGACUUCACAAUCACCUUGAAGAAGAUCUCCAAGUCUGUCUCCGCUGCCGACUUGGAGAAGUACCAGGCCUGGAUGGAGGAGUUUGGAUCUGUCUAGAGAGAGGACACAGCAUCAGGAGUGGAAGAAAGGACUGUAAGAGCAGAGUGGGAAAGGACCAGUGGGGAUUGGAGGGGGAGAGGACCAGUGGAGAGGACCAGUGGGGAUUGGAGGGGG